AGGAGUUAAGCUAAUGCAGCUUAAAAUAAUGCCGAAAAGGAAGCGCUUAUCUGCGGGCAGACUGCCCCUGAUUCUCUUCCUGUGCCAGAUGAUUAGUGCACUGGAAGUACCUCUUGAUCUGGUACAACCUCCAACCAUCACCCAACAGUCUCCAAAAGAUUACAUUAUUGACCCUCGGGAGAAUAUUGUAAUCCAGUGUGAGGCCAAAGGGAAACCGCCCCCAAGCUUUUCCUGGACCCGUAAUGGGACUCAUUUUGACAUCGAUAAAGACCCUCUGGUCACCAUGAAGCCUGGCAUAGGAACGCUCAUAAUUAACAUCAUGAGUGAAGGGAAAGCUGAGACCUACGAAGGAGUCUAUCAGUGUACAGCAAGGAAUGAACGUGGAGCUGCAAUUUCUAAUAACAUUGUCGUCCGCCCAUCCCGAUCACCAUUGUGGACCAAAGAAAAGCUUGAACCAAUCACACUUCAAAGUGGUCAAUCUUUAGUACUUCCCUGCAGACCCCCAAUUGGAUUACCACCACCUAUAAUAUUUUGGAUGGAUAACUCCUUUCAAAGACUUCCACAAAGUGAGAGAGUUUCUCAAGGUCUGAAUGGGGACCUUUAUUUUUCCAAUGUCCUCCCAGAGGACACCCGCGAAGACUAUAUCUGUUAUGCCAGAUUUAAUCAUACUCAAACCAUACAGCAGAAGCAACCUAUUUCUGUGAAGGUGAUUUCAGCUAAAUCAAGUAGAGAGAGGCCACCAACAUUUUUAACUCCAGAAGGCAAUGCAAGUAACAAAGAGGAAUUAAGGGGAAAUGUGCUUUCACUGGAGUGCAUUGCAGAAGGACUGCCUACCCCAAUUAUUUACUGGGCAAAAGAAGAUGGAAUGCUACCCAAAAACAGGACAGUUUAUAAGAACUUUGAGAAAACCUUGCAGAUCAUUCAUGUUUCAGAAGCAGACUCUGGAAAUUACCAAUGUAUAGCAAAAAACGCUUUAGGAGCCAUCCACCAUACCAUUUCUGUUAGAGUUAAAGCGGCUCCAUACUGGAUCACAGCCCCUCAAAAUCUUGUGCUGUCCCCAGGAGAGGAUGGGACCUUGAUCUGCAGAGCUAAUGGCAACCCCAAACCCAGAAUUAGCUGGUUAACAAAUGGAGUCCCAAUAGAAAUUGCCCCUGAUGACCCCAGCAGAAAAAUAGAUGGCGAUACCAUUAUUUUUUCAAAUGUUCAAGAAAGAUCAAGUGCAGUAUAUCAGUGCAAUGCCUCUAAUGAAUAUGGAUAUUUACUGGCAAAUGCAUUUGUAAAUGUGCUGGCUGAGCCACCACGAAUCCUCACACCUGCAAACACACUCUACCAGGUAAUUGCAAACAGGCCUGCUUUACUAGACUGUGCCUUCUUUGGGUCUCCUCUCCCAACCGUAGAGUGGUUUAAAGGAGCUAAAGGAAGUGCUCUUCAUGAAGAUAUUUAUGUUUUACAUGAAAAUGGAACUUUGGAAAUUCCUGUGGCCCAAAAGGACAGUACAGGAACUUAUACGUGUGUUGCAAGGAAUAAAUUAGGGAUGGCAAAGAAUGAAGUUCACUUAGAAAUCAAAGAUCCUACAUGGAUCAUUAAACAGCCCGAAUAUGCAGUUGUGCAAAGAGGGAGCAUGGUGUCCUUUGAAUGCAAAGUGAAACAUGAUCACACCUUAACCCUCACUGUCCUGUGGCUGAAGGACAAUAGGGAACUGCCCAGUGAUGAAAGGUUCACUGUUGACAAGGAUCAUCUGGUGAUAGCUGAUGUCAGUGACAAUGACAGCGGGACCUACACGUGUGUGGCCAACACCACUCUGGACAGCGUCUCCGCCAGCGCUGUGCUUAGCGUUGUUGAUGUCCCAAAUCCUCCCUUUGACUUAGAAUUGACAGAUCAACUUGACAAAAGUGUUCAACUGUCAUGGACCCCAGGCGAUGACAACAAUAGCCCCAUUACAAAAUUCAUCAUCGAAUAUGAAGAUACAAUGCACGAGCCAGGACUGUGGCACCACCAAACUGAAGUUUCUGGAACACAGACCACAGCCCAGCUGAAGCUGUCUCCUUACGUGAACUACUCCUUCCGCGUCAUGGCAGUGAACAGCAUCGGGAAGAGCUUGCCCAGCGAGGCCUCUGAGCAAUAUUUGACGAAAGCCUCAGAACCAGAUAAAAAUCCCGCAGAUGUGGAAGGACUGGGAUCAGAGCCUGAUAAUUUGGUGAUUACAUGGAAGCCCUUGAAUGGUUUCGAAUCUAAUGGGCCAGGCCUUCAGUACAAAGUUAGCUGGCGCCAGAAAGACGGUGAUGAUGAAUGGACAUCUGUGGUUGUGGCAAAUGUAUCCAAAUAUAUUGUCUCAGGCACGCCAACCUUUGUUCCAUAUCUGAUCAAAGUUCAGGCCCUGAAUGACGUGGGGUUUGCCCCCGAGCCAGCUGUAGUCAUGGGACAUUCUGGAGAAGACCUCCCAAUGGUGGCUCCCGGGAACGUGCGUGUGAAUGUGGUGAACAGUACCUUAGCGGAGGUGCACUGGGACCCAGUACCUCUGAAAAGUAUCCGAGGACACCUACAAGGCUAUCGGAUUUACUAUUGGAAGACACAGAGUUCAUCUAAAAGAAACAGACGUCACAUUGAGAAAAAGAUCCUCACCUUCCAAGGCAGCAAGACGCAUGGCAUGUUGCCGGGGCUGGAGCCCUUUAGCCACUACACACUGAACGUCCGAGUGGUCAAUGGGAAAGGGGAGGGCCCAGCCAGCCCUGACAGAGUCUUUAAUACUCCAGAAGGAGUCCCCAGUGCUCCCUCAUCUUUGAAGAUUGUGAAUCCAACACUGGACUCUCUCACUUUGGAAUGGGAUCCACCGAGCCACCCAAAUGGCAUUUUGACAGAGUACACCUUAAAGUAUCAGCCAAUUAACAGCACACAUGAAUUAGGCCCUCUGGUAGAUUUAAAAAUUCCUGCCAACAAGACACGGUGGACUUUAAAAAAUUUAAAUUUCAGCACUCGAUAUAAGUUUUAUUUCUAUGCACAAACAUCAGCAGGAUCAGGAAGUCAAAUUACAGAAGAAGCAGUAACAACUAUGGAUGAAGCGAUGGCAAGCCGGCAGGUGGAUAUUGCAACUCAGGGCUGGUUCAUUGGUCUAAUGUGUGCUGUCGCUCUCCUUAUCUUAAUUUUGCUGAUUGUUUGCUUCAUCAGAAGAAACAAGGGUGGUAAAUAUCCAGUUAAAGAAAAGGAAGAUGCCCAUGCUGACCCUGAAAUCCAGCCUAUGAAGGAAGAUGAUGGGACAUUUGGAGAAUACAGUGACGCAGAAGACCACAAGCCUUUGAAAAAAGGAAGUCGAACUCCUUCAGACAGGACUGUGAAAAAAGAAGACAGUGACGACAGCCUAGUUGACUAUGGAGAAGGGGUUAAUGGCCAGUUCAAUGAGGAUGGCUCCUUUAUUGGACAAUACAGUGGUAAGAAAGAGAAAGAGCCGGCUGAAGGAAACGAAAGCUCAGAGGCACCUUCUCCUGUCAACGCCAUGAAUUCCUUUGUUUAAUUUUUAAGCUCUUUGCCAAUAUUCCAUUUCUCUAGAAUGUUUAUCCUAAGCACUUGUUUGUCAGCCCUCUCAUACUAUGAACAUAUGGGUAGAGAGUAUAUUUUCUGCUAUAUGUUAAUAUUAUGAGAAUAGUUAGAGCAAAAACAUAACUCAGUCAAAUGAUAUGUUAAUGUGAACUGGAAUGCAAAGUGCAUACUUUUUCGUUCAAAAUGGGUAUUCUUGAUUUCCUCAGAACUGGUAAAAAAAUAAUGUGACAUCACCAACAGAUCCUGUUAUUUCCUCUUCAGGAUACAGUUCAAUAUGAUGCAUGAAAAAUGCUCCACAUUUAAAAGACGUACCCGUGUAUGUUAUGAAAACAUGGUUUGAUACUUUGUUUAUACUAUCCUCAGCAGAACCCCUAUAUAUGAAUUCCGUUUUCAUCGUCAAGAGUGUUACUGUAGUAUUCUCUAGAACUUCAAUGUCUUUGUGGACAUUGUUGUGAAAUUGGUGACUCUAUGUAUAGCUGUCGUUAGUCUUUUUGGGAGACUGUUAGGAACAGUGUGUACAGUAUAUACUUGCUAAAUGAGUUCAUUAUGACAGUCGCAUUGCUGAUGCUUACCGAGAACUGUUACCUACUCUUGGCUCCUGUUACUCCGUAGGCUUCUUAAUCUUCCAGGCAUUACAGCAGCACAGUGUUCUUUUUACAUCAUUUCUGUUCAGUUGUUUUUGGGCAUAAACAAGGUGUAUUACGAUGCAUCUUGGCAUGUGUGCCAUACUGAAAGAAUCAAAAGCAAAUCAUUCAAAUUAAAUUUCAAACAUUAUUCCAGAGAACACAGGGCAAGACACAUACAGUGCCUUCAAACGUUAAGCAUUCCAUAACAUACUGCAUUCUGUAUCAGCUGGUCCAGUCCAUUCUGAGUCCUAGAUUACUGUCCUUGUCUAAAAGUAACUUUUAAAAAGCAGAGUUCAUGAAAACUGCAAUGCUGGGAAAAGAAGAAAACAUGAAAAUAAAAAUAAGAAGACAGUUUAUUUGAAAUAGCAUUUCCUCAUUAGCAUAAAAAAGAAAAGCUUUGUCACCAACUGAAGCACAUGAUGAUUUUGUGGUCCUCUAUGAUUUCUGUUACAUUCAGUAAGAAAGAUGUCAACAUGCUAGAAAAUUAAUUUUAAACACUAAGUUAUUCCAACACUAAAAGCAUACAACAGCAUGCCAACAGUAAUGUAUUAUUCUCCAAGACUUUACCUAUGUGAGUGUUCAAAACUCUACAGCAUUAAACAACGUGUAUGCAAAUUGCUAUGGACACAUUUCAGAAUCUAAGAAAUCUGACAAGUGCUUAAAAGGCCAACAGUCCAAGGGAUUACAUCUGCAGUUUAAAAAGUAAAUAUAUAUUCUAUCAUACUCAUAAACAAUAUCUAUCAAAUGGGUUACCUCCAAAUAUGAAAAUCUAUAACAACCUAUGGUUGAAGGAAUGCUCAGUUUCAUUUGCCAAUAAAUUGGUUUCUCAUAACUUGCAUCAAGUUUAAUUUUAAGUAAAGCUUUUUAUAUGUAGAUAUUUUGUUGAAUUUGUAAAUACACUUAAAGUGUAGAUGCUAUAUGCUUAUAGGUGUUACAUACAAAUAAACAUGCAAUGUUUAUGUUGUACUGUAUAAGAAGUAAGCUAAUUAAUGCAGUGAAUGGGAUUGGAAAGCAUCUACUUAAACAUGUACUGGGUUCCCCCCUUCCCCUGCCUUUUUUGCUGUGAAACUGAAAUAGUGAACUUUUCUACAUAUUGACAGCAGAUUUCUCAAUGAGGUCUUCAGAGCUUUGCCUAUGGGGCACAGUAGGCCUAGUAACCUGGCGUCUUUGAUAUAUGUAGGUAAAGCAUAAUUUAAAGUAAUCCCAGGUAAAGAUGGCCCUAAAUACUUUCAUGUCUCUAUAUUCACUUUUCACAGAUCCACCUGUCUAUUGAAAAUACAAAAAGACAAAACAGGUUUGCCUUGGCAUCAGAAAGCACAGAGAUUAAAAGUUACUUUAAAUUUGCCAAUAUUUUGGGAGAACAAUAAAAACACAGUUUUUCCUCUUCCAUACUGGUAGAUGCGAAAUUUAUCUGUGCAUGAAAGGGUCACUUCUGUAUCACACCUGUAAUAGUGCAACAGGUUUUGUAUUACAAAUUAAAUGUGGUUUUAAAAGUU